ACUCCCUGCGGCUUCGGGACGGGAACGGGAGGCGGGGGGCGCGGCCGGCCGAGCGAGUCCGGCGCGGCACCAUGGGCCGCCGGUGCGCCCUCGCCCUCGCCGUGCUGUCAGCCCUGCUGUGCCAGGUCUGCAGCUCCGGGGUGUUCGAGCUGAAGCUGCAGGAGUUCGUCAACAAGAAGGGGCUGCUGGGAAACCGCAACUGCUGCCGCGGGGGCGCGGGGCCGCCGCCGUGCGCCUGCAGGACCUUCUUCCGCGUGUGCCUCAAGCACUACCAGGCCAGCGUGUCCCCCGAGCCGCCCUGCACCUACGGCAGCGCGGUCACGCCGGUGCUGGGCGUCGACUCCUUCAGCCUGCCCGACGGCGCCGGCGCCGACCCCGCCUUCAGCAACCCCAUCCGCUUCCCCUUCGGCUUCACCUGGCCGGGCACCUUUUCCCUGAUCAUUGAAGCUCUCCACACAGAUUCUCCUGAUGACCUCACAACAGAAAACCCAGAAAGACUCAUCAGCCGCCUGGCCACACAGAGGCACCUGACGGUGGGCGAGGAGUGGUCUCAGGACCUGCACAGCAGCGGCCGAACAGACCUCAAGUACUCCUACCGCUUUGUGUGUGACGAACAUUACUACGGGGAGGGCUGCUCUGUCUUCUGUCGACCCCGAGAUGAUGCUUUUGGCCACUUCACCUGUGGAGAGAGAGGAGAAAAAGUCUGCAACCCUGGCUGGAAAGGCCAGUAUUGCACCGAACCGAUCUGCUUGCCGGGAUGUGACGAGCAGCAUGGAUUUUGUGACAGGCCGGGGGAGUGCAAGUGCAGAGUGGGCUGGCAGGGCCGGUACUGUGACCAGUGCAUUCGGUACCCGGGCUGUCUCCACGGCACCUGCCAGCAGCCAUGGCAGUGUAACUGCCAAGAGGGCUGGGGCGGCCUCUUCUGCAACCAGGACCUGAACUACUGCACGCACCACAAGCCCUGCAGGAACGGGGCCACGUGCACCAACACGGGCCAGGGGAGCUAUACCUGCUCUUGUCGGCCGGGUUACUCGGGAGCCGACUGUGAGGCUGAGGUCGACGAGUGCAGCCCCAGCCCUUGCAGGAACGGAGGCAGCUGCACGGAUCUUGAGAACAGCUACACUUGCACCUGCCCGCCUGGCUUCUACGGCCGAAUCUGCGAGCUAAGUGCCAUGGCGUGUGCCGACGGCCCCUGCUUCAAUGGGGGACGAUGCUCGGACAACCCUGAGGGAGGCUACACCUGUCGCUGCCCUGGGGGCUUCUCCGGCUUUAACUGUGAGAAGAAGGUGGAUUCCUGCAGCUCUUCACCCUGCUCUAAUGGUGCACAGUGCGUGGACCUCGGGGACGCCUACCUGUGCCGCUGCCAGCCCGGCUUCUCCGGGAGGCACUGCGAAGACAACGUGGACGAUUGUGCCUCCUCCCCGUGUGCCAAUGGGGGCAGCUGCCACGAUGGCCCGAAUGAGUACUCGUGCACCUGUCCACCCGGUUACACAGGCAGGAACUGCAGUGUCCCCGUCAGCAGGUGUGAGCACGCACCCUGCCACAACGGGGCCACCUGCCACGAGCGGGACCGGCGCUACCUGUGCGAGUGUGCCCGGGGCUACGGGGGCCCCAACUGCCAGUUCCUGCUGCCGGAGCCUGCGCCCGGCCCUGUGCUGGUAGAUCUCACUGAGAAGUAUGUGGAGGGCCAGGCCGUGCCCUUCCCCUGGGUGGCCGUGGGCGCCGGCGUGGUGCUGGUGCUGGUGCUGCUGCUGGGCUGUGCCGCCGUGGUGGUCUGCGUGCGGCUGCGGCUGCACAAGGCCCGGCCCGCUGCGGAGACAGAGACCAUGAACAACCUGGCCAGCCGCCAGCGGGAGAAGGACGUUGCCGUCAGCGUCAUCGGGGCCACGCAGAUCAAAAACACCAACAAGAAGGUCGACUUCCACGGGGACCACGGGGCUGAGAAGAACGGCCUCAAGGCCCGCUACGCCGCUGUGGGUUAUAACCUGGUGCAGGACCUCAAGGGGGACACCGCCGCCGCCGCCAGGGACCCUCACAGCACGCGGGACGGCAAGUGCCAGCCUCAGGGCCCCGCAGCGGAGGAGAAGAGCAGCCCGACACUCAGGGGCGGAGACGCGUCUGAAAGACAGAGGCCGGACCCCGUGUACCCCGCUGCGAGAGACACAAAGUACCAGUCGGUGUACGUCAUCUCGGAGGAGAAAGAUGAGUGUGUCGUAGCGACUGAGGUGUAAAAUGGAAGUGAUAUGGCAAAAUUCCCGAUUCUCUUAAAAAUAAAUAAAAUUCCAAGGAUAUAUGCCCCAGUGGAUGCUGCUUGAAAGAGGAAAGGGAGACCCACGGACUGCUGCUGAUAGCCGAUCCGGACGGAGCCGGUUCUCUCCCGGAGGUCGGCCGGCACGCCGCCCGGGCUGCCGCUCCGCAGCGUCCGAGGGGGCCUGUUGCACUGCCUUUUCGGGUGUUUCCAUUGCACUAUGGACGGUUGCUUUUAAAAGAUAUAUAUUUAAGUGAACGGACUGACUUGCUGUAUAGGAAGCGUGAGCUGCCUGAGGCGUGUGUCUCGGAUCCUUACGAGCCGGUCUGUUCUUGAGUUAGAAAUGCGAACACUGCCUUCAUCAUCCUUUUUGAUACUAAAAGGUGUUUUUUCUAGGUGGAAAAAAUGUGUGUUAUUUUUUGGACUUGUAAAAAUAUUUUUCAUGAUAUCUGUAAAGCUUGAGUAUUUUGUGAUGUUCAUUUUUUAUAAUUUAAAUUUUUGGUAAAUAUGUACAAAGGCACUUCGGUUCUAUAUAUUUUUUGUAUAUAAAUGUAUUUAUGGGAUAUUGUGCAGAUGUUAUUGGAGGUUUUUACUGUUUUGUUAAUGAAGAAAAUCCUUUUUAAGAUAUUUUUCCAAAAUAAAUAUUAUGAAUGACGUCGA